UUCUUAAUUUCUGAUGUUAUAUUUAACCUCACAUCUUUGAGAUGCAAACAGCAAAAAUGUUCAAAUAUGAUUCAUUCAACGAUUGAGAAGAUAAUACAGCAAAGGAUAAAUAAACCAAGUAUAAUGUCCGCUAAUGGUGACACAUCUCAUAUACGGUUUCUUGACAUUUUAAUCCAUUCAUUUCGUAACGAAAAAUUCACGAAAAAGGAAAUCAUGGACCAUAUAAUUACAAUGAUAGGAGCGUCUUCAGAUACUACCGCUGCUGCGUUGAAUUUUGUGAUCAUUAUGUUAGCAAAUUUCUCAGAAAUACAAGAAAAAGCGUAUAAAGAACUAUUGGGAAUUUAUGGCACGGAAACUCCAAAGCUUGCAUCAGUUAAAUUUGAGGAUCUACAACAUAUGCUUUACUUGGAUUGUAUUAUUAAAGAAACUUUAAGACUUUUCCCUGUUAUCCCUAUGAUUGGACGAAAACUGACGGAAGACUUAAAAAUAGGAGAAUUUGUUUUACCGAAAGAUGCAGAUGUUCUUAUAUCACUUAUGCAAAUGCACCGAAAUGGAAAAUAUUGGCCGAAUCCAUUGAUGUUUGACCCGGAUAGAUUUCUUCCAGAAAAAACAAAUUGUAUAUCAUAUUAUUACAUGCCUUUUAGUGAUGGACCAAGAAAUUGCAUAGGUUUGAAAUACGCAAUGAUAUCUAUGAAAGUUAUUUUAGCAACGUUGAUAAGAACGUUCGUAUUUAAACUAAAUCAAAGCAUUGAGAUAGACAAAAUCAAACUCAAUUCGGCUGUAGUAUUAUCUACAGUUGAACCUUUCAAGAUUAAAAUUGAAAAACGGUAUCUCUAAAUAAUACACAAAUGAAUAAUACUA